CAUUGAAUCUUACCAAGCAACCCAUGAGAUAUGUACUAUUAUAACUCACAUUUUGCUCAUGAGAAAGUGGAGGCUUAGAAAAUGGAGCAAAGAUGAACUUGUAUGAUUCUAACUACAGUUGCCUCUCACAAGUUUAUAGAGCUUGGUUUUCUGAUGGAUCCUAGUGACUGCUGGUUUGGUGACCCUCCUGAUAAUGAUCUCACAGCAAAGUUUAUUCAUUCCUGACUCAUCAGGAGGACCUGAAGAAUCUGGACUGAAGAGAUUUUGCUCCAGAAAUAUACUGAUCAUCCUUGGCUUCACUUUUAUCAUGGCUGUGAUUGCUUUGAUUACUGUGGGGCUGACCCAGAACAAACCAUUGCCAGAAAAUCUUAAGUAUGGGAUUGUGCUGGAUGCAGGCUCUUCUCACACAAGUCUGUACGUCUAUUCAUGGCCAGCGGAAAAGGAGAAUGACACAGGGGUGGUACAUCAGAUAGAUGAAUGCAAAGUAAAAGGUCCUGGAAUCUCAGAUUAUGCUGAAAAAACAAUAGAAAUCGACCAUUCUCUGGAGGAAUGUAUGCAAAGAGCCAGAAGUGUGAUUCCACAGUCCCAGCAUGAAGAGACACCUGUUUACCUCGGAGCCACAGCAGGCAUGCGGUUGCUCAGGCUGAAAGAUGAACGGGCUGCAGACAAGGUCAUGUUAGCAGUGACAACGAGCCUCAGCAAGUACCCCUUUGACUUCCAAGGCGCCAAAAUCAUCUCUGGCAAAGAAGAAGGUGCCUUUGGCUGGAUUACUAUCAACUACCUGCUGGGAAAAUUCACUCAGAAAUUGAACUGGCUCAACAUGCAUAUAAAGGACAAAACUUAUCAGACAGCUUAUGGAGCUUUAGACCUUGGGGGAGCCUCUACACAAAUAACUUUUGUGUAUAACAAGCCUUUUGAAAUGCCUGAAGAAAACCAUGUGAGCUUUCAACUCUAUGGAAAAACCUAUAUUUUGUACACACAUAGUUUCUUGUGUUAUGGAAAGGACCAAGCACUCUUGACGAAACUGUCCUACGAUUUUCAGAAUUCAAAUGGAACCAUCAAGGACCCAUGCUUUCACCCUGGAUAUGAGAGGGUAAUGGAUAUAGUUGAAUUUUACAAGAGCCCCUGCACUGAGAAAUAUAAGCUGAGCAAAAUGGACAAGCUUGAAAUCCUUGGCACUGGAAACUAUGAACAAUGCAAGCAAAACAUUGAAAAUCAACUCUUCAGCAAUGAUACCUGUGGUUACACCAAGUGUGCCUUCAAUGGGACUUAUAUACCACCAGUCCAAGGACAUUUUGAGGCAUUUUCAGCUUAUUAUUAUGUGAUGCACUUCUUGAACUUUACAUCACAAGAACUCCCUUCUGAGAAUGAGGUGACUCGCAUUAUGAGUAAUUUCUGUGCUCUGUCUUGGAACGAGCUGAAAAGCAGGAACACUGGCUUGAAAGAGAAGUACCUGAGUGAAUACUGCUUUGCUGGUACAUACAUUUUCGUUCUCCUGAACAAGUUUAGAUUCACAGAUGAGUCCUGGAAGAACAUUCACUUUGUGGACCAGAUGGAGGGCACCAGCAUCGGGUGGAGUUUGGGCUACAUGCUGAACCUGACCAACAUGAUCGCACCUGAGCAGCCGUUAACCCCACCUCUCCCCCACUCCACUUAUGUCUUCCUCAUGAUCAUCUUCUCCCUGGUCCUGGUUACAGUGGUCAUCGCAGCCUUGUUUAUCUUUCUCAAGUCUUCAUUUAUCUGGAAAGACAUGGCAUAGGAGGAGCAGCUGAAAUCUGGCUGGAGUGACAAAAAAUUUGCACAGGGGGCAGUUUCCUCCACAGCAAUGUGCAAGGUCAAACGUCCUUGCUCACCAAACCCAGUCUUGACCAGCAUGAAGCUUCUUUGGCUAAAGCCUUUUUGUGAGAGAUGGUCACCAUCUUCUGCCUCAAGGAUUUCUGGCAGAUAUUGUCUCUUUUGUGAGUCUUUCCCAAUCCCCCGUGCACUUUUGUGCUUGGUAGAUCUUAAAAGACCUGAUACCUUUCAUGAUCUGUACUUUAUAACAGAGCAAUAUUGACUUUGUCCAGAAAGCCUAAGAGUUCUGAGGCCCCCGCUGGGAAGUUAUGCUGACUGAAAAAAGAAUCUCAGGAACUCUUGCAAACCCUUUCUCUUUUUCCCCACUUAUUAAGACAGCCACCCGAUUCCUUUGGAGAGGGCAGACAUACAUCCCAUUCCCAGCCUGCUCUUUAUAUGAGAGAAUUAGAUAGUGUGUGUAAAUGUGUGCUAGGGCCAAAGAGUCUUACAAGGGAAUUUAUGUGCUUGUACAGUUAAUCCAGUAUUUAAUGUAAUCCAAAACAGGGGUGUGGAUGAGUCCCAUAUUCCUGAUGAUGCCAAAAUGUUACAGAGUGGAACACUCAGACCAGAGAUUUUUUUUUAAAAGCUGUUGUAGAUAUAGAUAUUCAGAUAUCAGGGCAUACUACAUGGUAAGUGUAUACAUGUCAGGAAGAAAAAUAGUUACAACUCAGGGUUGGGAAAAGUUACAACUCAGGGUUGCAUCUAUUGGAAUUUUGUUUUUAUUAUAGUAAGAUACAUGAUAUAAAACUCACCAAUUUAACAUGUACAAUUCAGUGGCAUUUAGUACUUACAAAAUGUUAGAUAACCAUCAACCAUGACUGCAGAAUAGUUUCUUCACCAAGAAAUUGGCUGGAGACAAAAAUCAUUCCUGGAUAAGCUUGCACCACUGACUGUUUAGUCAAUAGCAAAACACAAAGAUACCCAUUAAUAACAUGUUUUCUUGGCCCAGGUAUAAUUUAGAGAGCUAUAGUAGUGUACCUUUAUGUCAUCACAUCAAAAUAUGCCAGGAACCAGAUCUGGAAGUGCUGUUACCAGCCCUAUCAAAAAAUAAGGACUCUAUUUAAUUAUUUCAUGAAAUAUGUUGUAGGAAAAGCAGAAGCUAUGGACCUUGUCAUGGAGACAUGAAGAGACCCUCUUCCUCCUGCUUAAUCUUAACGAUUGCUAUAAGUUACCUUACCUGUUGAGCAGGAUGGAGUGGUGAUAUGUUACUCUGACCUGUCCCAAGCUCUCCAUCUCUGCCUCUGGGCACUAACUGUUGAGCUGAUGGGGGAUGGAAGGAGGAUGAGAAAGAGAAAAAAGCUCUCCCACAAACCAAAAGUCAAAAGUCUCUAUAUCUCUUGAAAAAUUGAGUGAUAUUUGACAACAUCCAGGUGAACAUAAGCUUAACAAAACUGUGGACAGGAAUGUUUUCUUCUGCUCACAAUUGAACUUGCUGUACUUUAAUUAGGAAUGAGAAGCCAAAUUAGAAUAUAUUUGAACUUUUUCUAGUUGGUUAUAUUAUUUAACCAACUAGUGUGUCAUGCUUUGUGCUCAAGUGCAUUAUAUCAUUUUCUCAUUUAAUCUUCUUAACUACCUGAAAGUAGCUACUUCUGCUUCAUAGAAACAGAAACUGAAACUCAGAGUGGUUAAAUCACUUGUCCAAAUAGCUGAGCUGAAGCAUGGCAUGCACUAAACCAUUUUUCCUCCCAAGUGUGGUAGGCUGUCUCCUUAUAACCUCUAAGUGCACAUUUUUUUUUUACAUUUUUUUAAAUAUUAUUUUUUAAAGUUUUUUUUUUAAAUUUUUAAAAUUUUGUAUUUUUAUUUUAAGUGCACAUUUAAUUCUACAUGAAUACAGGGCUUAUGGGGCAUGAUAUAAAGGGAAGUAGAAAGAGGACUUGCUUACUGAUGGACUUGUGAUUUAAUACUGUUUUAAGUCCACAAAGACUAUCAUGGUAACAUUGAUACAGUUUGUGAACUCUUCAUGGUAACAUGUGAUGUAUAAUGCUAAUCAAUUAUUCCUAUACUCCUAACUUUUAAAUUAUACUGCUUUCUCACUGCACAGCAGUCCAACGUCAAAUAACUAGUCGCUGCUGAUGAUGAAAAUAAAAGGUCAAAUAAAUAGAGUCAGCCGCAGUCCCUUACUGCCUUAUGUCUGCAUAUACAAAGCACUGUCAUGGACAUUAUCUAUGCUGGUCCUAAAAACAAACCACAAGGAUGUCAGCAGUUUUCAUUUUACAAAUGAGGGUCACACAAACUAGUGCAUGACAGAGCUGUGUUUUUCUACCCCAAGUUUAUUAUCUUUUCUUUUGUAAACACUGCCCCUUAGCAAGCCUCUUAGCCUAAAUUUCCUUUAGUGAACACUGAAACUUCACUUUUGUCCUGUUGCCUGGGUAAAAAAAAAAAUUCUUAGGGUAUCUGGGGACAAAAUUUCACUUGUUAUAAUCCUCAAGUCAUGAAGAUGAUCAGCAGAUACAACCCAAUCUCAUUUAUGUUGAAGGGAAAGUUAGUUUUGAGGCAGAUCCAGGAAUUUACUUUGGACCAUUCUAUAUAAGACAGGCCCAAUAAUAUGGGUCACUAUCUAAUUUUAAUAUUGGAUUGGCUAAUGUUUAUAGAUAAUUACUGUUCAUUUCUGGACUUUUACUCAAACUUGGCUCUGGUGACUCCACUCAUUUAGAAGAUAUGAAUUUUUUUUCUAUGAACCCAUGGGUGGGGGGUGGAAUCAGUAGAAAUGGUUAUAGCUAUAAACAGAAGUAUGAAUUUCUUGAUUAGGUUAUAUGUGUGUUUCAUAUUACCCUAUUCUUAAAUUAAUAGAAAUAUGUGAUAUAAAUAAAAGUUUUUAAAAACUAUACUGUAUCAAUCAAGAUCUCUAAGAAAAAGAUGGUAUAAUCAAACUGGAUAGGAGAAUUUAAUAAAGUGACUAUAUCUAAACUAUUUCAACAUGUAAUUAGUAUAAAAAUUAUCAGAUAUUUAUUUUUCAUAUUAAGCUUUUGUAAUAUGAUGUGUAUAUUACCCUUAUAACAUUUCUCACUGGAGAAUAGCUAACAUUUCAAGUGCUCAGUAGCCAUGUGUGACUAGUGAGUACGUGAUGAGACAGUAUAUGUCUAAAAAUACAUUCAAAAUAUAUCAAAAGACAAGGAUAAUAAUUCUUUGUCCCUUUGGGGGGAUUAAAAAAAAUACCUAUAGUUUUGAGGCAGAUCCAGGAAUUUACUUUGGACCAUUCUAUAUAAGACAGGCCCAAUAAUAUGGGUCACUAUCUAAUUUUAAUAUUGGAUUGGCUAAGAAAAAGCCAAUCAUAUAAAAGCUAUUCUUUUAUAUGAAGUUUAGCAUUAUUCUUAAACAGAUGUUUAAGAUCCCAGCUCAGAAUUUUGUUUAUCAGGUUUUACUGCCUUUUGUGUAUGUGUAUGAAGGCAGCAAUGUGUGUUAUUCUAGUGAUGUGUGUAAUUACUAUUAAAAUAUCUUCCCAUUGGGCCUCCCCUGGUGGCGCAAUGGUUGAGCGCUGGGCUGAGAGGCUGCCUACAGCCUCUGCAGCAUGGGUUUGUUCCCCAGCCGCCGGCGAGGGUCCCACAAAAAAAAAAAAAAUAAAUAAAUAAAUAAAAUAUCUUCCCACUUAUUGUCAGUUUGAAAAAUAAGCUGAAUUCCACCCAAAUUGGUCUGGUUCCUCUCUGAUUCAAAUUCCAGUAGUUGCUAUCUUGUUAGAACAUUACAAUUGCUCAGAGUUAACGGUGCUCACUUACUAUGGUUUUUUCAGUUUGUGUUAGUUUUAGUUUUAAAAUUUCUGAUAACGACCUCAGAAAUUCAGGGGCUGGCAACAAACACUGAUGUGCUUGGGUCUGCAAGUCAGUGGGUGGCUCAUAUGACCUAACCCAACAUUAGUAAGUUGGAGAACUGGGAAACACUGGGAGGAAUGGCAAAGUCUUAUGGCAACGGGCGUGGAUAAUUCUAAAACAGAAAAGGAGUGAAGGGCCUUCCUAGUGGCACAAGGGUUUAAGUCUCAGCACUAUGUAGCUAUCCGCAGCCUCUGCAGCAUGAGUUCCAUCCCUGGCCAGGAGCUGACCCACAUGGCACAGCAGACCUCUCCUGUCUAGCCUCUCCUGUCUAUUACCUCAGCAGUGUAUUUCAGUUAAUCCACUUAUUCUGCUCCCCACUCUGUCUCUGGUGAAUCCUCUCAUCCCCUACCCCUAAACCUCUGGCCUACGCCUCCGUUCUUGCAUGCAUAAAUAAAUAAAAUAAAUCUUUAAAAUAAAAAAAAAAGGAGUGAAGCACUGGGCACAGAGAUUCAAUUUACCACACUGUUUAAUUAACUGAAACAUAAAAUGUUGGGUUUUUUUUUUUGAAAUUGCAAUCUACUUAUCUUGCCAAGGACUAUUCCUUCUAAAAAGUGUCAUUACUUCCAAGACAUCAAUCUGUAAUUUCUUUCCAUAUCUUAAUCAGAUAGGCUAGCAAUUCACAUGUUAGUCUAAUGUUCUAAAGUGGUAGAUUUUCAUGCAUCUAUUUUUAUUAUUUUAUAUGCUUGAUAUAAUGUGUACUGUUAAUUACCCAAGUUUUUAUUUGUACAUAAAUCUGAUAAAACUGAACAUAACUGGCUUUACAUCAGGAUAAUGGGACUUUUCAAUAAUGGGGUAAGGAGAUACUUUAUAGACCUCUAUUUACCCUGCAGAAUUAGAAACACAGCAGCUAUAUUUGCCUAUUCCUGUUUAGUUGAUGAAACUAAAGAGCAUAGCAGAAUAAUUUUAGAGUAGCAACACUCAAUAGCUUAUGUUACAUUCUCUUCUAUAUUCCUUUGACACUGAGAAGCUGAAGAAGGCUAAUGAAUCACCUAUUUUAUUUAUUUAUUUAUUUAUUUUUAAUUUUUUUAAAGGUUAACAAAAGGUUUAUUUACAAGGGGAAUGAAGAAGGGGAAUAAGGAAAUGUACAACUCAGGGAGAAAAGAGGGAGAUAUAUUCUUAAAUGUGUCCUACCCGUUCUGCCGACCUGGAAUCCAAAAUGACCCACCGAGCCAAACCUGCCUGGCCAAGAGCACGAGCCAAGUGUGCCUGGCCCCACUAAUAUGGCUGGUUUUUAUUUACAAACAGAGAAAAUGGCAGCUUAAUUCUGCCCUUAUGUCCUUACACUUCCCUUUGGGGAUCCUGGGAUUUGUAGUUCCCGCUGUCUUGAUGGAAUGGGGGUGGCAUCCACAAAGCCAGUAUGGAAUUAGCUUCACUUUUUGCCAUCAUUUCCACAGUGUUGAAGAUCAAAUAUAUGGAUGCUGGGGUACAGUCUCAGAUGAAAAUUUUUCUCAGGGUUCCCACUGGAAAGCAAACCAGUCUCUCCAGGUAUUGUCCAUUUUGGAAAGCAAAAGUCCUCCAUUCCUGGGAAAUAGUUUAUUAGUCCAAACCAAACAACAACAACAACAACAAAAAAAAAAAAAUCUGGAGGCAUUAGCCAAAACAAAACAGCAAAACAGCAAAGAUAUCAAAUCACAGGAAAAACAUUAAAAUUGAUUUAACUUAUACAAAAACAGGUUCUCUCACCCUUGAUCCCAAAUUGUUUCAACAGCAUAGCAUAAGUUUGCAAUCCAAAUCUACUUUUAAACCAUAUUACCUAUUUUUGCAUAAAAUCACAGGGCAGAAUAACUAAACAGCAAUUUUAGCUGCUUUGCUGGAAUACUCCAUAAAGGAUCAGAGCGAACUCUUGACAUCUGGUCCACACAGGCUUCAAGAACAAAGUUGGUCUCAUCAAAUUCUACCUGGACUUCCUCUUCUUGAGGGUACCAGGGCUUUUUCUUUUUCCGGUUGUCCAGUGCUGCCCAUGGAGGCAGCUUCCCCACCUCCCUUGGAGGUCUCUGGAGCCUAUGAACAAAGCAACAGGUUCUCCUCUUCUUGGUCCAGCUCUGUUUCAACUUCCUGGCAGAGUCCACUGAAAGUCACACAAUGAAACUCAUGUCCAAUUGUUUUAGUUCAAGCAGACAAAAUCCCUAUGGAAGUUAUGCAAAAAUAGACUCUGAGAUAAGUAGUAAAAAAAUUAUUACCACUAUUUUCAUGCUGUAUUGGUAUCAAGGGGAGAGAAAAUGUGAACACAAGUUAGCUUUGCUGGAAAAAAACAAACAAACAAAAAAAAAAAACAUUGCUGCUGAUCCUCGUCACUCAAAACAAGAAAACUUUGUGGUGAAUCACCUAUUUUAAAAUGUAAUUUUUGCUUUACCUUUAUGUUUAAGUCUAAAAUCUUUUCAACAAACCUCUACUAAAAUAUACAUUGGUGGGAAUAAUUUUAGCAGGCUCUUAAUGUAAAUAUUUGAUAGUGUUUAUAAAGAACUCUUCCCUCUGCACUCUCCCCACCCACCCAAAGUCCUAGUAUGCAGUGUUAUGUAGGCCUGUCAGUAGUGGGUAAGUUAAAAGGAAUAGAGUUGAAGAAAUCCUGACGUGGCUAUCAUCUACCAUUUUUCCCCCCUUAAACCCAGAUCUCUCGAUCUAAAAUUUUCCUUUAGGUCUUUCCUCUUGAUUGGAAUACAUUUGAAUCAUUUUAAUAAUGUCUACAGUAAUUGAAGUAAUGAAAGAAAAACUGGGUAUGCUAUCAAUCCCUAGCAUUUUAAUAAUAAAGGAUAAACAUUUUGCUAUUAGCAAAAUCUCCCUUUAUUCAAUUCAACAGGAAAUAAUUGGUGAUCUCCUUUAAAUUCAGUUAUACCUCAGUUUCAUUUUUCUUUUUUGUAUACAUGCUUAUGAGUCCAAAACUCACUCCUGCAGCUAUCAACUUGUAAAUUUCCAAACAAAAGUGUAUUGGUUUUUUUUUUUUAAAUAAAAACUGGUAAAUAAAACA